CAGCUCUGUGAGUCCGAGGCCGCGGCCGUGGCGCUGGGCGGCGGCGGGUCCGGGCCGAGGCCGCUCAUGGUGCCGCCACGACACCAUCGCGGGGCAGGAAGGCCAGGUGUGCUGAGUUCUUUACCUCCUUUUAGACUCAGAUCUGCCAAGUUUCCAGGCAUUCCUGUUGAAGAUCUCAGAAAGGCCUUCAAAGUAAGACUGCAGAUGGUGUGUGUAUUUAUCAUGAACCGGAUGAAUUCCCAGAGCAGUGGUUUCACCCAGCGCAGGAGAAUGGCUCUUGGGAUUGUUAUUCUCCUACUUGUUGAUGUGAUAUGGGUGGCAUCCUCAGAACUUACUUCGUAUGUUUUUACUCAGUACAACAAGCCGUUCUUCAGCACCUUUGCAAAAACAUCUAUGUUUGUUCUAUACCUUUUGGGCUUUAUUAUUUGGAAGCCAUGGAGACAACAGUGUACAAGAGGAUUUCGAGGAAAGCAUGCUGCUUUUUUUGCAGAUGCUGAAGGGUACUUUGCUGCUUGCACAACAGAUACAACUAUGAAUAGUUCUUUGAGUGAACCUUUGUAUGUUCCUGUGAAAUUUCAUGAUAUUCCAAGUGAAAAACCUGAGAACACAAACAUUGAUACUGAAAAAACUCCCAAAAAGUCUCGUGUAAGGUUCAGUAAUAUCAUGGAGAUUCGACAGCUUCCAUCAAGCCAUGCAUUGGAAGCCAAGCUGUCUCGCAUGUCACAUCCUACUGUGAAAGAACAAGAAUCCUUACUCAAAACUGUAGGGAAACUUACUGCAACUCAAGUAGCAAAAAUUAGCUUUUUUUUUUGCUUUGUGUGGUUUCUGGCAAAUUUGUCAUAUCAAGAAGCACUUUCGGACACACAGGUUGCUAUAGUUAAUAUCUUGUCCUCAACCUCUGGACUUUUUACCUUAAUUCUUGCUGCAGUGUUUCCAAGUAACAGUGGAGAUAGAUUUACUCUUUCUAAACUACUAGCUGUAAUUUUAAGCAUUGGAGGUGUUGUGCUGGUUAAUUUGUCAGGGUCUGAAAAAUCUGCUGGAAGAGAUACAAUAGGUUCCAUUUGGUCUCUUGUUGGAGCCAUGCUCUAUGCUGUCUAUAUUGUUAUGAUUAAGAGAAAAGUAGACAGAGAAGAUAAGUUGGAUAUUCCAAUGUUCUUUGGUUUUGUAGGUCUGUUUAAUCUGCUGCUCUUAUGGCCAGGUUUCUUUUUACUUCAUUAUACUGGAUUUGAGGACUUUGAGUUUCCCAAUAAAGUAGUAUUAAUGUGCAUUAUCAUUAAUGGCCUUAUUGGAACGGUUCUCUCAGAGUUCCUGUGGUUGUGGGGCUGCUUUCUUACCUCAUCGUUGAUAGGCACACUUGCACUAAGCCUUACAAUACCUCUGUCCAUAAUAGCUGACAUGUGUAUGCAAAAGGUGCAGUUUUCUUGGUUAUUUUUUGCAGGCGCGAUCCCUGUAUUUUUUUCAUUUUUUAUUGUAACUCUCCUCUGCCAUUAUAAUAAUUGGGAUCCUGUGAUGGUGGGAAUCAGAAGAAUUUUUGCCUUUAUAUGCAGAAAACAUCGUAUUCAGAGGGUUCCAGAAGACAGUGAACAGUGCGAGAGUCUCAUUCCUAUGCACGGUGUUUCUCAGGAGGACGGAGCUAGUUAGCUGUUGUCUGUAGUCCAGCUUUUACUGUUACGAUAGUCACCCAUGCACAUAGUUGAGAGAGUUCGAGUUCUAGUUCUACGAGAUUGCUCGUACAGAGCAGUUGCCGCCUGCCCUGCCCACCUGCUUCUGCUCUCGUCCCACUCCAAGAAGUCAACGUGAAACUCGCCAGUUGUUUUGACCCCCCUCUUCCCCCCCCUCCCCCCACCCCACCUCACACGCUGUCUUCAAGUACCACACUUAUACUUCUGUUUCUUGAUUUCUCUGUUUUAGGCAUCUUCAGUUGAUGUUCCCACUUUGGUAGAUGAGGAUAGAUUACAUUCAAGUUUCAUCCUCCUCUCUCCCCACCCCAUUUGCCUGCUUUUCCACCACCUCCUCAUCCCAGUGUACUUAUUGUAUAAUUAUGGAUAGAUUUGUAAGCAGUGUUUGCAUGGUCAUGGUGAUGUAAAUGUUACUUUUACCUGAGUCAUGGUGGAUUGUGCUUGGCAUUUCCACAGUCCAGAGACCCUUUGUUACACUUUUAGAGAAUACACUUCACAUUUUCUCUGGGGAUAGAGAAGGGGCACUUGACCAGCUGUAAAAAGUAAGGCAGGACAUUUGAAUGUCUAACUGCUUUUUCUAUAAACCGUGCCAGUCUUUCUGUUUUAGCUGUUUCUUCACUCCUCCUUUUAGAGAUACCUGCUUCGCUGUUGUUUUCUAGUCUCUGCUCUUCCCUUUGUCCAUGUGACUUUUUCCUUAAGAAAAAUCCCUUUAUUUUCUUUUUACUGAGGUUUUGGCAGCAAAGUAGAACCAAAUAUGUUUACUUACCAUCUUUAAAUUUUAAAAAGUACAUAUAGUUAUUUUUUAAAGCUUUGUAGUGCUGUAACGUAUGCACUCUCUCCCUACUGUGUGUGCAUUAUUCCCAUGGUCACACUCAUGCCCCCCCCCCCGCCCCCCCCCCCAGCAAGGACUCAGUAAAUUUGGGAGUGAGAACUGGAUAAGAGGAGAUAGUGAAGACGGACCUCGGCAGAGUGUAAAGGAAAGGUGUGGCAGGAGUCUUUGUUGCAUCGGGGUAAUGGUGGGUAUGCCAUGAGUCAAACUGUCACCACAUGAUCUGUAAGCAGCGUUGGCCUUAGACACUGCUGUGGAACUCACUCCCAUGCGCUUUUAGUGCUCACCUCCGGUUCCAGUAUCCAGUUGUUAAGUGUAAUAAACUGUGUUUGUUAUAUAUUUCAAUGUUAAGAUAAUUUGCUUUUUACAGUAUAAACUGUAAAAAUUAAAGCUAUGACAGUUAUAAUCUAAUGAUGA